CCGGCCGCGUCACAUCGCGGCGCCGCCGACGUCGAUGGCGCGCGACGACGCCGGCGCGCGCCGGACGACGCCGACGCGCGCGACGACGGCGAAGGGCGACGCCGAGGGACGCGCGCGCGCGCGCGAUGGGUCGAAGAGCGGCGUGACGACGCCGAGUCGCGUCGAUGAAGAUGAUUUCUGCGGCGACGACGGCGCGACGGAGGCGCGACGCGCGCGCGAGGACGAGGACGAGGACGCGCGCGAGGGCGCGGAUCGCAGGCGGGAUGAUUUCGCGCGCGAUUUUCUGGCGCGGAGCGGGUGCGUGGGGGAGGCGCGAAGACGCGCGGCGACGCCGCCGGCGACGCUGCGGCUGGAGUAUUGGACGAGGGACGAGACGACGACGGAGGCGAAACGCGCGCACAUCGAUAGGUUGGACGACGAGCUGGGAUAUUACGGCGUGGAGGAACACAUCGAGCGGACGGUGCUGAAAGGGAAACCGGUGGCGAUCGAGACGAACAUGUUUCCGUACGAGACGCCGCGCGGGGUGACGCACAUGACGCUGUGGAGUCGGGAGGAGAUGGACGGGGAGGCGAUCGUGGAUUGGACGUGCGCGUGGCUGCGGGAGAAUAAACCGAACGUGACAGAAUGGAAUUUCGAUUUAAAUGAGAACCAUUCCGUGGACGUGCCACAUUAUCACGUGUUUACGUACGAGCCCUCGGAGACGGCGCCGAAGACGAAUGCGAAGAAACGAAAAUUGAACGCGAGCGCGAGCGAUCUUAGCGCGAUUUGA